AUGCACAUCAACGACUUCCCAGACGAGAUACUCUCGUCCAUCCUCGACUAUGCUGCUCAGAUGAAUGCCGAAAAUGGCGUCAAAUACACAUUUGGUCUUACCCAAGCUCCUCUACCUAUCUCACGAACGCCAUUGACCAGAUACAUCAGAGGUCCUGUCCAGCCCGAAGCACAACGCUGGGAUGGAGCAUCCAAUCUCCGUGGCGUUUGCGCAAGAUGGCAUGACUGGGCGAUUCGAAACACCAUCAGAACUGUAUCAAUCAGAAGAUGGCAAGGUUCUGAAAGAUGGGCAGAGAUCCCAACUCGACGUUCAUCCUACGGAGCUUACGAGUUUAUGAGUAAGCCCAGAGGCAGCGCAGUGUAUCGUGAUCCCUUUGGCUUUCUCAAGAGCGCUGUUAAGUUCUUUUCUCAGUUCCCAGAUGUGGCGGGUGAGGUCCGCCGCAUGUUCUUUGAUGGGUUUAAUACCGUCGAGACAGACCGCAUGAUAUUCGAUGUUUUGAGAAGCUGCCGUCAUCUCACCUCCGUCAGCGUGCCUUGGACACUGCUGCGACACGGAACUGCACAAGACUGGAUUCAUCUGCUGGGCAUUUCUUCUGAGGAUGACGUCCCUCUCACAUCUCUGGAGCUGCGUGCCACAUGUCUGGGCAGUGCUCAAGAGAAGGAGUGGGCAGAAGUCGAGAAUACCCACCCUCUCGCAGAUCCUCGUGUCAACUUCUCGCAGCUGAAGCGUUUGAAGAUCUUUGGCAACACGCUUCUGAUGCCUAUUGACGACGAGGACAUGUUCAACAUCGCACGCAGCGCGAACAACCUCGAAGAGUUCCACCUUACCAAUCUCUCUACCGUCACAAUUGCUGGAGUCAUGGCGAUUGUCAACUCCUCAGCAAACACUCUCCGUGUUCUUGAGCACUCGCCUCGCUCCGACGAUGGCUUCUUCCAUCCACACCCUGGCUACCUCUCUCCAGACACACAUGUCUGCGAAUCUCUGGCCUCCUGCCCCCGUCUCAAAGACCUCUCCAUCUCCAUCCCCAGCAUGUGUGCCUGCCUCUUCUCUCAUGAAGAAGUGGUCUGGGAGGGCGAAUGCCAGGUCCGCGCCCUCGAACUCUGCGACCGUGAUGGCUCUGCCGACACAGUCAAGGAUUCCCUCCGUGCUCAGCAAGCACUGAAGUCACACCGUCUGCGCGAUGUCCUCGCUUCGGCACGUACGCUGAUGCAGAACCAGAAGCGUAAGCGCAAGGAACUUGACAUUGAGCUCUUCUUUGCCGACUGCAUCUUCGACCCUGCUGAGCGCGUCGUCCAUGGCGAUUUUUCCUUUGCCGAGGUAUCGAGUGGCGGUGCUUGGCCCAUGACUUGGGAACCUUCUGCCAAAGGACCCUAUGGAUCCACGGGUGUCUACGGUAAGACCGAGAGCUCGUGGAUCUGUGUCAGUGAAGAUGAGCUCCUGCGCGCUGUGGAGAAGAACUGGUUCAGACUUUGA